ACUCAUUGUUAUUAAAUAAUAUAAUAACUAUGGGGCGAUCUCGUACUUCAAGUCCAACAAUUUUGAAUUUUGGUCCCUCUGCAGGAUAAUCCAGUUUGGCAACAAGGCAGCGCUGGCCAGGCCUUGUUUCUCUGUGUCUCCGUCAAAAUAAUAAGUGCAGCGGUACGAUAAGGCUGCGCCGUUGCACGGUGGGCACAAGAUGGUGUCAGAGAAUAGACUGUGCCUCACUUGGAUUCGGCGAAAAGUCACUUUUUCAAACACAACUCGCUAGAUCGAAAUGUACGGGCCCGUUCAGAGACAGAUCCGUCGCCUACUGUAAGUUUCUCGAGCAAAAUCGAUGUGCGGUAAAAUGAAUAGUUGAGGUUCUGUUUGGAUGUCGUAGGAUUUUCUCACGUUAUCAUGUGCGGUUAGUGCAUUUUUCGGGACAAUGUCGUCCGGUGAUAGGCAGAGUUCUUCGUCGGGAUCGGGGAAUGCGGUUUCUUUGAGACCCAUCGAGGUUCCCCAGGCACUCCAGAGCGGGGAGAAAUUCAUAAAGUGGGAUGAGGAUUCUGGUGUGGGUACUCCAGUAACACUGAGGGUAGAUCCGCAUGGAUUCUACCUUUACUGGGUCGACCAGAACCAUGAAAUGGAUCUACUGGAUAUUGCAAUCAUUCGAGAUACAAGAACUGGCCGAUAUGCUAAAAUACCAAAG